UAAUGGCAGAGUAAAUUAUUUCGCUAUGAAUUUUUUAGGGAUAAGGAUACAAAAACAGUCCCCCUUGAUGAGAAUGAUAUCAACUUAUUGAAGAAAUACGGUAUGGGUCCAUAUGCAGAGAAAAUCAAAUAAUUGGAGGAAGAAAACAAGAAUUCGGUUGCCACAAUAAACAAGAUGGUUGGAAUUAAAGAGAGUGAUACGGGUUUGAGCAUCCCAAGCACAUGGGAUUUGGUGGCUGAUCAAAAACUUGCUUCAGUAAUCGAAUGACUUAAUUAAUUAAGGAACACCCUUUGACAGUGGCUAGAUGCACCAAGAUAUUCAAAUCAUCCCUUCAACAAAAGGAUCUCUACAUGAUCACCAUCAAGCACAUUGCUAAGUAUGUAGUAGGCUUGGGAGAGAAGGUGGCCCCAACAGACAUAGAGGAAGGAAUGAGAGUCGGAGUUGAAAGAUAAAAAUAUGCAAUUUAAUUGCCAUUACCACCCAAGAUUGAUCCCUCUGUCACAAUGAUGACUGUGGAAGACAAGCCCGAUGUUACAUAUAAUGACAUUGGAGGAUGCAAAGAAUAGUUAAAGAAAUUAAGGGAAGUAGUUGAAAUGCCUUUAUUGAAUCCAGAAAAAUUUAUCACUUUGGGUAUUGAUCCUCCCAAAGGAGUUUUGAUGUAUGGACCACCAGGAACAGGUAAAACAUUGACAGCAAGAGCAGUGGCCAAUAGAACUGAGGUAUAUUGUGAUUGUAUAAUAAAGGCAUGUUUCAUUCGUGUUAUUGGAUCAGAGUUAGUUUAGAAAUACGUGGGAGAAGGAGCAAGGAUGGUUAGAGAAUUGUUUUAAAUGGCAAGGACAAAGAAGGCAUGCAUCAUAUUCUUUGAUGAAAUCGAUGCCAUUGGAGGGGCUAGACAUGAUGAUGGAAAUGAUAACGAUGUUUAAAGAACAAUGCUUGAGAUAGUUAAUUAAUUGGAUGGUUUCGAUUCUAGAGGCAAUAUCAAAGUGUUGAUGGCUACUAAUAGACCAGACACGUUGGACCCAGCACUUUUGAGACCUGGAAGAUUGGAUAGAAAAGUUGAAUUCGCCUUGCCAGAUUUAGAAGGUAGAGCAGGCAUAUUCAAAAUCCAUGCUAGAACCAUGAGUAUGGAAAAAAACAUUAGGUAUGAAUUAUUGGCAAGGUAUGUUUAUAUGGUGAAUGAAUUAGAUUGUGUCCUAAUACGACUGGUGCUGAUAUCAGAAGUGUUUGCACAGAGGCAGGCAUGUUUGCAAUCAGAGCUAGAAGAAAGGCUAUCAGUGAGAAGGAUUUAUUAGAAGCUAUUGAAAAGGUCAUCAAAGGAUAUCAGAAGUUCUCAGCGACUCAAAAAUAUAUGGUUUAUAAUUGAUUAUUAUAGUCAUAAAUAAAAGCA